AUGCCGUACCUGGCGCCGCGGCCAAACGGUAAAUCUACACUCCUAUCCAAACCCCCUUUAGCUUCAGCUUCAGUUUCGAUAGCCAGCACCAAGUCUCCUAUCAGCACACCAACCAGUCACCACUCGUCGACCUCGUCUACUUCCGUCUCCUCCACUAGCCUUCAAUCGCAACCACUCCAGGCGGCCACGAACGCCAAGCUGCCGCCCAGCGUGCCAACGGGAACUGGAUCUCCCACUGUACCGUCUGAGACACUACCCGCUGUGGGAUCUCAGAGCACUACCUCCGGGGGCGCAUCCUCUCCAGGCGUGAUGCCGGCUGCCGCCUCAACGACCUCGGCAGCGACUGGAGCAACUGGACUGCCUAUCAUUUCAGCCCCGUUGUCCCAGGCUGCCCACAGUCAGGCUGGUUCCACAGCAUCCCUGCCCCCGAGAUCAAGUAAUGGGCCUCCUUCAGUCGCCCCUUCCCUGCCCACCGUACAGGGCCUGACCGAUUCUGCGCGGUUUCGACCUCUCGAUUUCCAUUCAGCGUCCCCACAACGCCUUGCCCAAUUGGGGAUCACCAACAUUUCCCCCUCCGGCACCGACGAGCUGACCAUUCACAAUUCGUACCUUGCCACUUGGGACGGGACAGAGCGGGAUAGAUAUCCGGGAAAACGAUACCCAUUCCCGUUCGUCGUGACACCGGACGACGCAACGAAGGUGGCUGAGAUGAUUCACGACACUCGGCUUCACAGAAGAAGGCCUACUGUGAUACAUCCCCCCGUGACACCGGUCCCCGUGACACCUACCCACAAAACCAGGUCCAAAGCAGCGGUGUUGAUGACCUCCAUGGCGACGGCGACCACCACCGCUCUACGGGGGAGGAAUAGGUCAACGUCAACAUCAAGCCCUAGUACGAGAAAGGUAAGACUUACGGCCCAGUCCCAGUCAGCAGCUUCGGCCUGGGUUCGGAAGCAAAGUUGGAGUCGCCUGGUGGGUGUUUCUCCCCACGGAAACCUCAUCGCGCGCGCCCCCACCCAGAUCUUCAAGACUCGAGAAUAUCUUGCAUUGGAACCGAACGAAAGCGAGUGGUGGCUUUUGCCGUUCUUGAGCAGAUGGCCAAAUAAGCGGAAGUCAGGAUCUGUUCUCCUCCCCGUGGACAAACUGGAGCUCCCACGGGAAAAGGAUAUGGCCCCUUUAAUCAGGGAGUCCGAGUCCUUUAUACGCGACAAUUACGACCCGGCUGUUGUUCUCACCUAUCAACGCUCCUUUUAUAAGCUGCUUCUACGCCACACAGCAACGGUUACUCUUGUCCUGCCAAGCAGAGGUCGACAACCACCUAGCUCAGUAACGAAACAAAUCUUACAAGGAUUCAGUCGGCAGCGCCACUCAAUAAGUGGAGCGACAGCGGCAUUAUUGAUCCACCACGUUUCAGGCCGAUAUUACGAUGAAUGCGUGUGCGACAGGUUCUUGGGAGUCGCUGGAGAGCUCGUCUGGCGCGAAAUUCGAACGGCCCGCCUUGGGGGAUAUAUUGAAGAACGUGUUCUGGGCAGGUAUCUUAGGGGCGAAGUUACGAAAGCGGCGAAAGAUGGCUACGAGCUCUGCCACAACAGUAUUGGGCAAUGCCAUGACAUUGCAGUGUCAAUCCUUCACAGCUUCCAUUCCGACUCGAUCCACAAGGCUGGAAUGGCACUCCAGUCAAAAGUCGAUCAUAUGUGCAGUCUAUUGGAAUGGGGAAAGGGAUUAACGCGGAGAAGGACUGCCGGCAUUCGUCUCAUUGCACUCCAACAGGCGCUUGCCUACGCCUCUCUGGUUGGCCUCCUCAAAGACAUUCUGAAAGACAGUAUCCAACACCAUAACAACGCAGAGGCUGCCUUUGCUGCCUUGACAACAGCUGUGUCUGCCGGUGCUGGUGCCGCCUCCGCCAUGGUCGGAUCGGGGGCAGAGCGCCUGGUGGUGGCCUCAGUCGACGGUGCCGGCUCCGUAUUACACUACAAGCUCAAGACAAAGCAUGCCGCAGUGCAGGAGAGAUAUCGUCGACUUAUUGUCGAUGUUGUCGACAAAUUCAACGUGGAGGUACUACUUCAGGCCGACUGCGGCAACAUUAGAUCUCUCGACAUUAAAUCCCCCCCCAGCGAUCCCGAUGGCUUGCAGUUAGGUUGCCCCGACAGAUAUUUGAUUUCACGGCCAACCCCAUACGACAUCUCCAUCUUUAAACAGACUGCCAUCAACGCCUUUCUUGCAGCAACAAGACGGGAAGGAGUCAAGCUGUCCCAGGAAUCAGGUCGCCCGGCUGUUACUUCGCCUUUCAACGACCCCCUUAGUCGUGUCACUUUAGGCGAACUCCUGGCGUACGGUGGACAUUCUUUGGCUGCAAAACCAAACCGGCCACAUUUCGCCGAACACAUCCUUCAAACUGAAUUGGAUAAACAUUUCCCUCCAGACCAGGUCGACGACUGGUAUACUCUAAUCAAAUGCACUGCUCGCCACAUCACUUGGCCGCACUGGAUCGCGGGGAACCCGGAUUUGCCGCCCCUGGUCCGUGACAUGGUAGAGUCGAUGAGUCCGGGUUGGAACAAGCAGAUUUAUCCCUUUCUCCUGGAUGGGCACCGGGGGCACAAUGUCGACUCCCUAGAAGCAACAGAAAACUGGUUUGAAGCCAAAACUGCCAUGAACCGCCUGCGAGUCAAGAUCCAGUCUGCCGAGAGGAGACUUCCCGAGGAGGUCGAGAUCGUGGACAAGGUCCGAUACUUUUUUUGCGAUCCACCCAGGCUGGCGGAAUAUUGCGAAGCAUCGUGCCUGGGGCAUUAUCGUAGCGCACAUUUCGAUUAUAUCACCUGGCGCACCGAAGAGGGAACUUGGGCCUGUGUGAUGGAUCAGCCGUACAAUAUCGUGUGUUCCGACUUCAACUGUGAAAUCUGUCCUGAUAAACGCCGACAUCCCUGGUUCGCCGAAGACACUCCUGCGCUACAAUACCAUUAUGUGGAUAGACCCCCAGUGAAAUAG